GUCAUCUGCAAGCAUCGUAUGCUACAGUUGUGAGCUGAUCCUGGACCUGUGACCCAUACCCAGAGGGGAGCUGAUGGAUGGGAUGACUGGUAGACCACUUGGCCAAACUUGAAAGCCCUCUGGACCCUGGUAACAUCUCCACUAGUGUGAAACAGGAAGUGUCGUCUGUGCGCAGCCAUGGGCCAGAGAGCUGCGCUUCUGUUCAGUGAGCUGCUGCUGCUGCUGCUGACAGCCUCACGCACUCUCCUCGCAGUCAGCUUCCCUGAGGAUAUUGUACCCCUCGAUGUUGUUGAUGCACACUUUUCACGGAGGUACCCUGUGUUCAGAGGCAGGCCCUCUGGCAACGAGUCACAGCAUCGCCUUGAUUUUCAGCUGAUGACCAAGAUACAGGACACUCUGUUCAUCGCUGGCAGAGAUCAGGUGUACCUAGUCAGUCUGAGAGAAUCCUACAGGAAUGAGAUCAUUCCUUACCGGAAGCUAACAUGGCGAUCGGGCCAAACUGACAGAGAGAUGUGUGCUGUCAAGGGAAAACACAGGGAUGAGUGCCACAAUUUCAUCAAAGUACUAGUUCCCAGAAACGAUGACCUGGUGUUCAUCUGUGGUACCAACAGCUUCAAUCCCACGUGCAGAUACUACAGGCUGGAUAACCUCGAGUUAGAUGGGGAGGAGAUCAAUGGACUGGCACGGUGCCCAUUUGACUCCAAGCAAACCAACGUUGCCCUUUUCGCUGAAGGGAAGCUGUAUUCGGCAACUGUAGCUGACUUCCAGGCCAGUGAUUCUGUCAUCUAUCGCAGUAUGGGUGAUGGAUCAGCCUUGAGGACUAUCAAAUAUGACUCCAAAUGGCUGAAAGAACCUCAUUUCCUGCAUGCCGCAGAGUAUGGGAAUUAUGUGUACUUUUUCUACCGAGAGAUUGCAGUGGAGCACAGCAAUCUGGGCAAGGUUGUGUAUUCCCGUGUGGCCCGGAUCUGUAAGAAUGACGUUGGUGGGUCACAGCGGGUGCUGGAGAAGCACUGGACAUCUUUUGUGAAGGCAAGGCUGAACUGCUCUGUGCCAGGGGAGUCCUUCUUUUACUUCGAUGUGCUUCAGUCCAUCACUGACAUCAUCAACAUCAACGGAGUUCCCUCGGUGGUGGGUGUGUUUACCACACAGAUGAACAGUAUCCCAGGGUCAGCAGUGUGUGCUUUCUCCAUGGCUGACAUAGAGAAAGUAUUUUCAGGCCGGUUCAAAGAGCAGAAGACUCCCGACUCUGUGUGGACUCCAUUUUCAGAGGAGAAGCUGCCCAAACCUCGACCCGGGUGCUGUGCAGGUCAUGGUCCAGCUGCGUCCUUUAAGAGCUCCAUUGAGUUCCCAGAUGAUACCCUGCAGUUUAUUAAGUCCCACCCCCUCAUGGACACAGCUGUGCCGUCCAUUGGGGAUGAGCCUUGGUUCACUAGGACACGCGUCAGGUACAGGCUGACAGCACUGGCUGUGGACAAUGAAGCAAGACCCCACAAAAACUACACAGUGGUGUUCAUCGGGGCUGAGUCGGGCGUUGUCCUCAAAGUUUUGGCCAAGACCACAUCUGUGUCCUUUAAUGACAGCCUGCUUCUGGAGGAGAUAGACGUCUUCAACAGGGCCAAGUGCCUGUCUAACCGUGAGGAUGACAAGCGUGUCCUCUCGCUGCACGUGGACAAAGAUACGCACAGCCUGUAUGUUGCUUUUUCAAGCUGUGUCAUCCGUAUUCCCCUGAGUCGCUGUGAAAGGCAUUCUUCCUGCCAAAAGUCCUGCAUUGCAUCUAGGGAUCCUUACUGUGGCUGGAAGCCUCAUGGAGUCUGUGAGAGGAUACAGCCUGAUGUUCUGUCAGGAUAUGAGCAGGAUGUUGAAUUUGGAAAAACUGCCCACCUGGGAGACUGUCACGCGUUUUUGGGCACUACUUCAGCGCCAGAUUACAAAUCAUUUGGUGACCCUACCUCUGACAUGGAGUUUUCAUCAGUGCCAGUCACUAUCCUGCCCAGUGGGCCCAUACACCCCCCAGUACUCAUACCCACUCAGAGCCCCACUUCUGGGCCUGGUCCAGAGCUCUACGGCUCAGGCUUUGUGCUGCAGGAUGACCCAGCCACCUCCCAUUCUUUAGACUCUAUCCCAGGGGGCCAAGAGGGUAUGUGGGAUAUUCAAGCAGGUGAGACCAACCAGAUGGUCCACAUGAACAUCCUCAUCACCUGCGUGUUUGCUGCUUUUCUCAUGGGUGCUCUCCUGGCUGGUCUGAUUGUUUUCUGCUACCGAGACUCAUUCCUCCGUAAGCCAAGACAUGUUCACAAGGAUGCAGAGUCUGCACCCUCUUGCUCUGACUCCACUGGAAGCUUUGUAAAACUCAAUGGCCUCUUUGACAGUCCUGUAAAGGAGUACCAAACCAACAUCGAUUCUCCCAAGCUGUACACCAACCUGCUGAGCAAUGGCAAAGACCUGAAUACACCAAACAGUGACACCAAGACCAUAAUCAUGCGGGAUGGCUGUCAGCCCCCUGAACUGGCUGCCCUGCCUACACCUGAGUCCACUCCUGUACUUCAGCAGAAAGGCCUGCAGCCCAUCAAAAACCAAUGGGAGAGGGCUCAUGGGAAGGUCAAUGGGUCCCGGAAAGAGUCCAACUCAUUAGCCAGGAGUCCUCAGUUCCUUCCUUCUUCUCCUGCUCCUUCUAACUCUAACUCCAACUCCCACCACUCUCACUUGGGACACUCCCACAUUCCUAGUGCGGUCGUCCUGCCCAACGCCACACAUGAUCACUCUAACCUUGAAAAUGGUGAUGAUACACUGCCACAUGCAUCUGAAAAGAAGCUGAAGAAUCCAGAAUCUAAGGGAACUAGGAAAGACCAGAAGAGGUCUGUGGAUGCCAGAAAUACUCUAAAUGAUCUUUUAAAACACCUCAAUGACUCUGUGGCCAAUCCCAAGGCUAUUCUUCAAGAGGGAUCAGGGCCCCGCCCAAGGCAGCAUCUCACACUGGAGCCCAUGGAGGAACUAACUGAACUACCUCCCAAGGUGCCCAGCCGUGAGGCUUCCCUGUACUCUCCCUCCUCCUCCCUGCCGAGGCAUAGCCCCACCAAGAGGGUUGAUGUGCCCAUUCCCACUGCUCCCAGCACUCCAACGGGCAGUCUGAGCAUGGGAGGCACCCUGGAGAGACAACGAGGGGGCUACCAACUCCACCGGAGUGCCUCACAUAGGCACUCCUUAUCCACCUCACCAAAUGGGGUAACCAUGGGGGUAUCUGUGUCUCGCCAGCACAGUAUGAACAGAGGGGGUUACAUGCCCAACACCCCCCUCCAGAGCAGCUACAGUGGGCAUGGCUCACUCCCUCGCACAGGGCUCAAACGGACCCCGUCGCUAAAGCCAGAUGUGCCCCCUAAACCUAAUGGGUUUUCACCACAGACUUCACAGAUGCGAGUGGUCAAUAAGUACAGUUACUAAAAGAGCAUGGGCACAUUUGGGUGAGCUCUUGGCCUUGACUGUACAACUUUGAGUCCUGAGGGCUUGGGGGGACUAUAGAUGUGGCAGGGCCUAGUGUGUGUUUGUGUAUCGGCUUGAGGUGUGUUCCCCCUUUAAUAAAUAUGCACAUUUACUCACACUAUAAAAAGGGAAAAUCACACAAGUGGCCAAAGAUACCCCUUGGAGCUUUUUCGCUCCCUACGUCUCCAUCCACCUCAUGGUAGCCACAAGAUGAACUGUGGACAGUGGUGAAUCUGCUGGGCUUGGGUGUCACCUGUUCCCAUAUUAGGUUCAAGGUUUAGGACUCCAGCAGGGGCCGCUACGGCAUCUCCUCAUGUGUUACCAGGUCAAAAACAGUGGAAUACUUGAAGAAUGGGUCUCAUUGUCACUGCCCUUGAGCACUGUCUUCCCGCUAAUGUGAACUGAACAGAGAACAGAGGUAGACAAACCUUUGUUAGUAAGAUGGUUAGGGGCAGAGGAGGAAAAUCAAUAGUCACAGUGUGUGUGUUGCCUAAGAUACACAUGACCACAAACAUCUGAAUCAAAUAGCAAGCAAACAGAGAAAGAGUGCAAAUGAUUAUGUUUGUGUAUGUGUGUAAGUUGACUGGAAAGCAGGUUUGUGCAAAGACAGCGCACAUAUUAGGGAUUCACACUUGGUCAUCAAGAAAGGUGCUACAUGCCAGAGGAUGCAUCUUAAGACCUGUUUAAAACCCAAGUUACUGUCUUUCAUUUCAACAAAAAUAUCUGUUAUUAUUCGAACCCAUCUGAACUAAGCUGAAACCGUUUUUUUUGUGAUUCUGGUAAUUUUGUUAGGCUGAGGUUUAGUUGGUCAUGCUGGAUGAAUACUGGGACAAAAACUUGCUGGGAAAUUUUAUUUAGUACAUUUGCUGCUAUUGAUUUUAAACAGCUAUGUAAUAACAUGCUCACACACAAUCAGAUGAGAUUUGAUCUUCAUCAAAAUCACAAAUAUCAACAAACACAACACUUUUAAGAUGAUAAAACACAAACAGUCAUGAUACUUCAUGUCUUUAUUGAACACACCCAUUAAACAUACAAAGUGAUGGUGGAAAAACAUAAUGUCAACACAAGGCUUCUGAUGUCAUUAAACGUUAACUGGAGUCUGGUGUUAGCAAACCUGGAGUUCAAUCAAUGAAACAAGAUCAGAGGUGUGGUUUAGAACUACCUUGACUUAUGAAAACAUCCAAACAGUGUCAGUAUGCUAUUUGCAAGCAGCAUCAGCUGAUGUGAGCCAUGCCUCCUAAAAAGAUCUCAGAAGACCUACGAUCAAGACUUCUUGAUUUGCAUGUUGCUGGAACAGAGUCAUCUCAAAGACCUUGGAUAUUCAUCAGUCCAGUGUUAGACAUGCUGUCUAUAAAUGGAGACAAUUUGGUACUGUGGCUACUCUCCAUAAAAGUGGGUAACCAGCCAAGAUCACUCUAAAGGCACAAUGUAGAAUGCUCAUUGGUUAAAAAAAAAAAAAAAAAAAAGAACCCUAGAGAAA